AUGCGCACGUAUUUAUUCCAAAAGGAGAUCUGUUUAGACGUUGGCGUGGAAAACCUUGCCAGGGGCAAAGUACACUCAACGAGCGCACUGCUUGAUUCAGGCGCUAACGGGAUCUUCAUAGAUCAGGUCUGGGCGGAGCAAAUUGGACUACCCCUUGUAAAAUUAGAAACGUCUAUUCCCGUCUAUAACGUUGACGGUACGCUUAACGCAGGUGGCUGUAUUACACACAAAUGUUCUUUUGUGGUCGAAUACCAAGGACACAGAGAACGAGUCACUGCCGAGGCUACCCAACUAGGGAAGAUUAAUUUAAUCUUAGGCUGGACCUGGCUA